UUCACAAUUUAUAAAUAGGUGUUUCGUUGCAACAGAGAUUAAAAUGAAAUAAAAAAUAGUUUCGUUUUAUUUAAAAAACAGAACAGUGAAUGAAGAAAAUUGAAGAGGUAGAGGAUUUAGAAAAAAUAAAAAGAAACAGAUAAAUCAUGAGUCAAGAAAGCAAGAAGUAUAAAAUAAUCGAAAACGUGCUUCAAAAAAUCAACAGUAUGUCCAUCGCACUCCCCGAUGACGAAACCAAAAGGAACAAUCAGCUCUUACAAAUUGUUAAACGUGCCGUCCAAAAACUGCGAAGUAAAAGCGUCCUUUUCGAUAAUUUAUACCAGGACAUUUCGUACGUUAGCAGUUUUUACGAUGGACUCAAAAUUGGAAGUCCAAAUGAGUACGAUUUAGACUGCAAUUUACGAUUCCCGAAAGUCGUGGGCGCUAUGAUUGAAGAAAGUGAUAAGCCUGGAUACGUCCACGUCGUGCUUCGAAAUUUGGAAGCUUUGCAGAAGAACGAAACCGAAGGGGCCAAAUACCCGAACUUAGACAAACUUCUUGACGGCAAUUUCCUAUCGACGAAGAAAAUCAGAUCGUGGAUUGAAAGUCUAAUUGACACAGUUUUCCAUGGAAAUCUGAAAAUGGACGUAAAUAUCGAUGGUACCGCUUGUUCAGUCAAGAUUGAAAUUAUCAAAAGUGGACCAGCAUUGACCAUAAAGUUGGAAGGCGUGCACAACUUGAAGAAUUUUGAGCUAAAAAUUGACUUCGUCCCGUGUUUUAUUUUCCCUCACGAUCAGUGGCCAAAAAAUGGUUAUAGACAAAAUAUUUCGCAAAAUAAGAAAACUUUUUUCGUCGUGCCGAAAAGUCCGAACGAUUUUGAUGUUCACAACUGGAGAUUGAGCUUCCAAGAACAAGAAAGAGAAUUGCUCCACAAUUACAAAAAUAUGAAGUCGUGUAUAAGACUCAUCAAGAAAAUACGGGACCGACAUGACCACAAUAUUGCUAGUUAUUUUAUCAAAACUGUCUUUAUGUGGGAAUUGGAAAAGUUUGAUAAAAAUUUUUGGGAACAAUCGUUAAGUUUUGUGUUUAUGAUUAUGUUGAGAAAAUACGGCGAGUAUAUAAAACGGCGUAACAUCCCGAAUUAUUGGCACGAAGGCCACAAUCUGAUCGAAGAUUUGAGUGAAGAAACCGCGUUUUGCAUCACGAACAAAAUUCGGAAUAUUGCAGACCACAUCGACCGAAUUUGUAGCACAAAUGCGGGUUUUUACGACAUUGUUAAAUAUUUCUUGAAACCCAACGAAUAUGAUUUGGAGAAUUUCAAGCAGGAAGUUAGUGUUAGUAAAAAGUUGCUUAAACGAUUAGAAUCGGAGAAAAAUCUAAGUUAUGAAGAUUCUGUUACACUGUCUUCUGAAGAAAUACCACCAAGUGAUGUUGCAAGAUUGGAAAGUUUGUGUCUUCAUUUAGCCUCCGAGCAGGAGAAGAUUGUGUGUUUGUUGGAACGUUUGGGGGAAGAUUUGGAGAGGAAGAAAAAGGAAGAUGAACGGCAGAGAAACGAAUUGAUGGAUAGAAUUGAGUUGCUUGAUGAGAAAAUUGACCGGUUGAUGGGGAAAAAGGAACUUUAAGACUGCUUAAUAAAUUUGUUUGUGUUUUUUUAUUUAUUUAUGUUUUUAUUUUCAUAUGCUGAAGUAAAAUAAACUCAAAAAACCCUGUUUUUUUUCAAACUGUGGACUUCCGCUGCCACCAUUUGGAAACAAUUAUUAAUUAACAAAAAUUAUAUUAACAAA